UCCUCACCUGUUCCACUGAUUGUGGUUUGCUGUUGGCGUCUUCCUCAGGAAUUCCUCCAAAAAUCUUUGAACCUAAUGAUUUGAUUGCUGGAAUCACUGGCAUUGUUUACCUGGACCGUCACCGGGAUUCUGUCAGUGCUGAUUGUGGCUAAGUACGUCCCACUCUCUUCAAAAAGGUCGGGGUUUUUUUUCCACCUGUCGGAUCAGAUCCUCAUCUGGAUUGAAAGAUGGCGAGCUAAGAAUGGACUAUGGACUUUAUGAUUUGGAAAUCAAUUUAUUCUGAGUCAAUUCUCAUGUGUCUCAUUGUGUUAUUGUAAUUGUAUGUUUUUUUUAAUUCAAAUCACUUAAUAUAUAUUCACCAAAACUAAAAGCACUGCCUCCUGUUUUUUUCACACCUCAGGCUCCUAAAAAGGCCACUCUUCCGAUGCUGCUUAUGUAGCCGCAGUUAGCUGCCUAGCCCAUAACUGUUACAUAUGCAGCACCAGUAGGUGGUGAUGCAAGAAGAUCAAAGAAAAGGCGACCUGAGGAUGCCAGAGACUGUAGCGGAUCCUCGUCCAGCAGCUUCUCUCUCAGUGAAUCCUGACAGAGUUCAACACUUCAGAUCUGACUCUGUGUCUCUGAGCUGUGAGGGAAACUUUACUGAAUGGAGAGUGAUGAUGUUUAUAGAAAAAUAUCGACUGUUGUACUUUACCUGCUCCUACUGGGGAAAAAUGACUGGAUCUACAUGCACCAUUGACCCAUACUGGUUGAAUAGUGGAGUGUUCUGGUGUGAGUCAAAAUCUGGAGAGUUUAGCAACGCUGUCAACAUCACUGUACAGGUAGAAGCCUUUCAGUUGAGCUGUGCAGCCGUUCUGGAUGCCAGGAUGAAACCUGCUCUGCUCUGCAUGCUGGGCUUUUUCUUGCUCAGUUCUCUGCUUCAUGGACGUGCUGAUGAAAUCAAGACAACUUUGAAAGCAGACAAAUCUACCAUACCACCAGGGGGCAGUGUGACAUUAACCUGUUCUGUGGACAAACCUGCUGAUUUAACAUUUGAGCUCUUCAGAAGAUCUUCAUUCUUCUAUUAUACCAGAGUUUCUCCUCGAUCAGAUGUAGUUUUCAGCAUCACAGAAGGAGGAAUUUACAUCUGCAGAGGAUCCAUGACAGAGACAAACUUUGUGACAACUAUGAGUGAUGAAGUCACCAUUUAUAAGAGAGUUUCCAACAGAGUUUCAGUCACUUCACAACCAAACCGAUCUCUGAUAUACGAAGGAGAGAAAGUCACUCUGAGAUGUGAGAUCCAGGAUGAUGGAGGAACUGAGUGGACAUAUGAAUGGAAAACAACCAAUAGAAACUUUUCAUCAUCCAGUGAAUAUAUGAUCAUCUCAGCUACUAAGGCUGACAGUGGAGAAUACAGCUGUAAGGGUAGAAGAGGCUACGAGUUUACAGGAUGGAGUGAAGCCAUCAGACUGACAGUGUCAUCUGAUAAACCCAGAGCCACCCUGAAGGCAGAGACAAGAAUCAUACCAGCAGGGGGCAGUGUUACACUGAACUGCUCUGUUGAAGGAUCUACUGGCUGGGAGUUCAGGUACACAUAUACAUAUUAUUCUGUAGUUGGAUCCUCCAGAAACACAGAACCAGAUGGAACCAUCAGAGUCUCAGAGGCAGGAAAGUACAGCUGCAGAGGAAGAAGAGGAGACUCAUCUUUUGAAUCAGAAACCAGUGAAGAGGUCACCAUUCAGAAAACUGUUUCUAAGCCGACUGUGAUCCUGCAACCAGGCUGGUCUCUGAACGAAGAAGAUAAAGUCUAUCUGGAGUGUGAAAUCCAGGAAGAAGCUCAGUGGACGUAUGAAUGGAGAAAAAACAAUUUCAAUUAUAAUCCAACAUCCAGGAUCAUCACAGCUAACAGUGGAAAUUAUAGCUGCAAAGGAACAAGUGACUAUUUGCUAACACAGUGGAGUGAUGUCAUCACAUUAACUAUCUCUCCCAAUAAACCCAGUUUGAUUCUGCAACCCAACUGGUCUCAGAUAUAUGAAGGAGAGAAAGUCACUCUGAGAUGUGAGAUCCAGGAUGAUGGAGGAACUGAGUGGACGUAUGAAUGGAGACCAAGCAAUGGAAACUUUCCAUCAUCCAGUGAAUACAGCAUCAUAUCAGCUACUGAGUACCACAGUGGAAAAUACAGCUGCAGAGGAAAAAGAGGGUUUUCCUUUACACCAUGGAGUAAUGUUGUUAAAAUAACUGUAUCGUUUCCCCCUCAGCCUGUCCUCUCUGUGUCUCCAUCAUGGCCGAAUCCUGGAGCCUCAGUGACUCUGAGCUGUGAGGUUUUGGAGCAUCAAUCAGCAGGAUGGAGGUUCUUCUGGUAUAAAGCUGUUCCUGAUCCAUCCAGCAUAUUCUACAGCUAUGAGCUGCUUCCUGGCAGCACCAAUGGGACUGAGCAGAACUCCUUCAUCAUUAAUGGAUCGACUCACACAGCAGGAUACAAGUGCAGAGCAGAAAGAGAAGAACCAAAGUUUUACACUGAUUACAGUCAACUAAAGUUUGUCUGGUCUGCAGAUCCUCGUCCAGCAGCUUCUCUCUCAGUGAAUCCUGACAGAGUUCAACACUUCAGAUACGACUCUGUGUCUCUGAGCUGUGAGGGAAACUCUGCUGAGUGGAGACUGAUGAGGUUUACAGAAAGAGACGCACUGUUGUACUUUACCUGCUCCCACUGGGGGGCAAUGACUGGAUCUACAUGUACCUUUACACCAUACUGGUUGCAUAAUGGAGUGUUCUGGUGUGAGUCAAAAUCUGGAGAGUUUAGCAAAGCUGUCAACAUCACUGUACAGGAUGAUGAUCAUGAUGGUGUUAUCCUGGUGAGCCCUGUUCAUCCUGUGACUGAAGGAGAUCCUGUUACUCUGAGCUGCAGAGAUAAAAAACAAAAUCUUCUCUCCAAUGUGUUUUUCUAUCACAAUGAUAAACUCAUCAAUAAUGAUGGCAGAGAGGAGCUGAAGAUCUCUGCAGUGUCAAAGUCAGAUGAAGGUUUCUACAAAUGUCAACAUUCAGGAAAAGAGUCACUAAGCAGCUGGAUGUCUGUUAGAGUAACUGUAUCCAGUCCUGUCAGUUCUUCAUUUCCUGUCAUGUUGAUCAUUGGACCAGUUGUUGGAAUCGUUGUCAUUAUUCUCAUUAUUCUCCUGAUCUUGUUGUGGCGCUGCAGACGGUCCAAAGAUCUUUGCUGCAUAAGGUCAAAGGGCUCAGAGGUCAGAGGUCAGAGCUCCACCACAAACCAGCCUGAAGGUCAUGAAUAUAAAUCUCUUUCUCAUGGUAAUGAGAUGAUCGGCUCGGCUGAAACUUCUGGACAUGCAGCAGAUGAAGCCCCAGAGGUUACAUACUCUCUCAUUGAAAUGAAAUCCUUUAGGAAAGACAGGAGACAAGGUGGACCAGAAGAGGGCGCUGUUUACUCUGAGGUGAAAACAGGAGCUGCAGGGAAGUCGGGUCCUGCAGCAGCGGAGGCAGCAGUUUAUUCUGAAAUCAGAAAAGCACCAGCUGUGGAAAACAGUGCUGCCAUGUAGGCUGCAGGCUCUGAGUUUAUCCUGCAGUUUAUUACAAGACUCACAACAACUGCUUUGAUCACACAAUAUUUUUAUCCGUCAUAAGAAAUCUCCUAGAGAAUCUGUAUUGGUCACUCAAAGAAUAAUUCUCUGAGAUCCAAAUCGUCAGAUGUGCUUAAACUUUAGUAAAGGUUUUGCAAUGCAACAUUUUAUAAAGACUCACAAAUCGUUUUUUUUUAACACAACGCAAAUUGUGAAUUGUUUUGUGUUUAUUUUUUUCUAGAAGUAUGUUGCAAUUAAAGUGACUAAAUUUGAUUUGGAACAGUUUGAUUUGGUUUCAUGUGAAGCAACUUUGCUUCACAUUUAACUUUUUAUAUCAAAAACUUGUGACUGUAUUUUUAUCGUCAAGCACGUUGUAAAUUAAGUAGAUUGAUCAUUUGAAUGCAACACGUAAAAUCAAUAUAAGAUGUUAGACAUAAUUGGGCACAAUAGUGAUUAAAAUGAUUUUUACAGUCUCAGGUAAAUAGAUUGUUUUAUUAAUGCUACUUGUAACUGAGUGACAAUUAUUAGAUAUAUAUCUUUGCUCUUUUGUUAUUAUAGUAUUUCAGUUGAAGCUUAAACCUGCACACUUGCUACUAGAUGGAGUUUUUACACCUUAACAGCUAGACGACAGGAAAGUACUGAACUUUAUGCAAUCUUUGGUAUGUGUAGAAUAUGCAUCUAUAGGCAUCUUGCAGCUCACAUUUGUGAAUUUCCUCUAACCAAUAAUGUUUAGUGGUUGAGCAGCAGCAGCUGAAUUGAUUCAUUUUCUGUUUCAAAUGAUGAAAUAGAAAUAAGUAAAAUAUGGGAUAUUUUUAUCUAUUCUUGUUGCUUUAAGUUAGUUUGCAGUAGAGUUAUUCUCCUUCACAAUAUCAGGAUUUUUUGUAUAUUUUGGAAUUAGAUAUAUAUAGCAAGCAUGUUGACUUUUAUUAAAAAUAUAUUCAUUCAUAAGUUCUAAAUAUGUCUUAGUUUUUAUAUCUUCGUGGAUUUCAGCGAUUUCUCUCUGUAGUGAUUUUUGUUUUUUGCUUGUGUGCUGAAAUAAAAGUAACGUCAUCAA